AUGCUGGCUUCUACCACAGCUGCUGCACCAUCUGUUGCUGCAACUGACAUCACCAAGCUUUUCGCAAGCAUUCAAAAGUCGGUCACAGCGCUUAGCACCUCUGUCAAGGCAUUCGAAAAGGAUGUCGUAGACGCAGCAUCGAGCGAUGCUUCGGAUAACCCUUUCGCGUACGCAGAUGGUAUCUCGCUACUCACGGUAAAGAAUGAUGCCAUGCUUGACUAUCUCCAUCACGUCGUGGCCGUCUGUCUCAGCAAGAUCUCUGGUCGAUCGCUGGCCGGCAGCAGCAAGAACAGCGUCUCGGAAGGACCAGCAGAUGUCGUUCAGAACCUCGUCAAGCUGCGACUGAUGCUCGAAAAGCUUCGUCCGCUGGAGAGCCGCCUCAAGUAUCAGACCGACAAGCUGCUACGUGCCGCCGGAGAUGCCGACAAGGAGGUCCUGCUUGGUCGUUCGAAGCCUGCCGUGGCCAAGAACGGCAAGAACAAGGCUGACGGCAGUGACGACGAUGAUGCCAGCGACGACGAGCUUGCUUUCCGACCCAACCCAUCCGCUUUCAUGCAAGACAAGGCUCGAGCCCUCGACAGGCCUUCGAAAUCGAACGGCGCGUCCAGAAGAAGCUCCGCUCGGGAUGCCUCGGAGUCCGAUUCAGACGGCGACGAAGGUGGAAAAACCGCAGUGUAUCGACCGCCCAAGCUCGUUCCUAUGUCGUACGACCCCGACGCUCGCACCAACAAGAAGGACCCUCGCUUUGGCGACAAAGCGUCGUCCAUCACGCGAAACUCGGCACUGCUAUCCGAUCUUACGGCUGGCAUGUCGUCCAAUCCUUACGAGGCCUCCUCUGGCGGUGUUGGUGUCGGCGGUCGCGGUCGACUUGCAUCCAACACUUCAGCACGCGCAAAGGCACUGGCACGCAUGGAAGAGUUCGAAGAAGAGAACUUCACCCGUCUCGUCAUGUCCAAGAAGGACUCUCGCAAGCGCAGACGAGACGAGGCCGACGUGGCGCUCGGCGGUGCUGGUCUCAGCUCGGGUCGCGAUGGAAGGAGGAGGAUUGGAGGUGGUAUGGAAGAGGAGUUUGGCGAUCUGCUCCGAGGCGCAGGACUCGACGGAAGGAACGGCAAGAAGGCCAAGAAGGCUCAGCAGGCGUACGACACGCUCAGGUCGAGCAGCAAGGCGGGAUCCACCUUGCAGAGGUCCAAGAGCGGCUCGAGUGGCGCACCAUCGCCUGUUGGUGGCAAGAGCAACAAGUUCAAGAACCAGGUCAACCAGUCUCGUCGAUGA